AUGUACCAAAUGCAAAGUAUUUUGACAGCAUGUUUUGCUCCAGAUACUAAGCUUCCUAAAGACUGGUUUAGGAACCAAAGCACACAAGAACUUUUGAGCGAAGCACAGCGAGACAUACUUUUUUCUGAAAACAGUGAAGAACAGCGAGUAGGUAAAAAACCCCAGUCGCCAAAACUCUAUGAAAAUCGUGAAAAAUUGCCAAACGGUUUAAGAGGAUAUUAUGUACAUAGACUUCUUGUAAAUGCUGUUGCAAUGUGGGCUUCGCCUCGUUAUGCUUGGUAUAUUUACAGACUUCUUGACGAAAUUCAUAGACAAGAACGUGAAGAGCUAGAGAACAAGCUUGAAGCAAAAGACAAAAGCAUUCAGAAAAGAAUACCACGUUCGGUACCAAAAGGAAAGGAAAAGAACUAUAAGUAUAUGAUUUAUACUGAAGAGAUGGAAAAUGAAGAAGAUAAAGAUAUGGUUAUGUUGCAUUUAGUCAGAAGAAACAACAAAAGCUUUUACGACCUUGCUAAGAUUUACAAAUCUGACAGAAAUUG